GGAGUGAGGAUCCUGAAUUCCUGAUCUGGUCUCUGGGUCUCAAACUCAGCGACCGUCCUCCCCCUGACUCGCCGGAGCUUCCACAGUCUUGCCGGAAGUGAUGCUGACUAUACAGAGAGCAAUCAGGGAGAUCCACACAAACGUCGUUGCCCCAAGGCUUACGAGAUUCACUCUUCGAGCGCCCAAGAGGGUAAGCUCCCAAUCCUUUUUUAUGCUCAUCGGGCCCGGUUUCGGUUCAAUUCAACCCCAACCUCGACAAUGUCGACAUUUUUUGUUCGAUUUGAAAUUCAGUGAUGAAGCUAGGAUCUUUCGAUCCAGAUAAGUGUCCAGAUGGCUUUACUCGCUUGAAAUCCUCCUGUGUUCUUGGAAGUUCCCUGAAUUCUGUUUCUUUUUCUGGCUGGGAUCAUGAGAACGGUCGAUUGGCUGAUUGAUGGAUGGAACAUUCACCGUAGAGGUGGAGUAUGGCAAUGGGGACAAGUUCAGCCUGUCAGCUGAGUUCCUAAGAAUACACAGCCCAGCUGUGGAUGGCAAACUUAAGUCCAUUGGUGGUGAGAAGGUGAUUUCAGGCCGGCGUCACGUAGGGAUCAUGUCUGCAGAACCUGUGGGAAACUAUGGGGUAAGAAUAGUGUUUGAUGAUCUGCACAAGACUGGAAUCUAUACGUGGGACUAUUUCUUUCACCUUGGGAGCAACAAGUUCUCUCUCAGCAAAGACUAUAUCAGUACAUUGAAGAGGCAUGGACUCAGUCGCGAUCCAGGAAGGAGAAGAAGCUUUGCUGGCUGUUCAUCGUCGCCGCCAUCAUCCUAAGCUGACUUUUGAUUCUUUUGAAUAUGGAAGGCAACUCUCUCAAAGCUUGGUCCAUGGACUGAAAGUUGUCGACUUUUGAAGGUCUUCUCACUUAUCAGCACCAACUUGACAUCAGUGCUUGAAACUUUCAAACACACCAAUUGGUUCCGUUUCAAAUGUUUUUGUAAAGGGCAAUUGUAUCAGAAAGCAGAAUGGCUUAUUUCAUGGGUUGUUGUCCUCUCAGUUAGUCAAACAUGUAUGUGGCAUGUACAAUUUACGAUGAUAAAAUCUAAUCCAAUUGUGAUGCAUUUUUUUCGAUGAUACGUAUAGUCUAUUAUGUAGUGAAAGAUAUUAGCGUGUACAUUUUUCUUUCU